AUGAACAUCUCUUGUCAAGUUGUGGGCCGGUACGUGAUAUAUUACAACACGAGAGAGGGAAACCUGACCCAGAAGCCCACUUAUUCAAAGGAAGCAUACAUUGAACUGUGUGAAGUCGAAGUGUUUGGCUGCCCCGAACUUGGCUUCAAAGGACCGUAUUGUGACGAACCUUGUCCAAAUAAUUGUCAAUACUGUAACCCCAAAACUGGGGAAUGUAUUGGAGCCUGCAACCCAGGAUACUAUGGUGAACAGUGCAAAUUCUACGAUCGGGGAAAUCUAGCCCUACAUAAACCGACAUUCCAGUCCUCCACAUUUUUUAGUACUACCGGAAGUAAGGCUGCUGUUGAUGGUCAAAAGAAUGACCAGAUUUCUAACUCCACCAAUCAAAAUGAGGGUGUCGUCUGCUACAAAGACACAAACCAUACAAGGUCAACUAUACCUUUCUCAUUCGAUAUAAGCUGCCCUGUGAUUGGUCAAUAUGUCUCGUAUUACAAUGAAAGACUCCCGGACAUUAGCUAUCCAGCUGGUUACAGUCAAUACGCCCAGUCAGCUCUGUGUGAAGUCGAAGUGUAUGGUUGUCCAAUUUCUGGAUUCGACGGACCGUAUUGUGACGAACCUUGUCAAUACUGUAACCCCAAAACUGGGGAAUGUAUUGGAGCCUGCAACCCAGGAUACUAUGGUGAACAGUGCAAAUUCUACGAUCGGGGAAAUCUAGCCCUACAUAAACCGACAUUCCAGUCCUCCACAUUUAUUAGUACUACCGGAAGUAAGGCUGCUGUUGAUGGUCAAAAGAAUGACCUGAGUUUGUAUUCGGGUCAUUGCGCUGUGACCUCUGAGCAUCAAAACUACGCUCUCUGGAGAGUUGACCUCCUGCAAAGGCGUAAAAUUGAAAGGCUUACCUUACAAGCUUUGACUUCUGUUUCCAAAUGGGAUGGGAAAAAUAAUUUUACAGGACUUCUUCUGGGCUUUACAUUAACAGUUUCUAACUCCACCAAUCAAAAUGAGGGUGUCGUCUGCUACAAAGACACAAACCAUACAAGGUCAACUAUACCUUUCUCAUUCGAUAUAAGCUGCCCUGUGAUUGGUCAAUAUGUCUCGUAUUACAAUGAAAGACUCCCGGACAUUAGCUAUCCAGCUGGUUACAGUCAAUACGCCCAGUCAGCUCUCUGUGAAGUCGAAGUGUAUGGUUGUCCAAUUCCUGGAUUCGACGGUCCGCAUUGUGCUGUCCCUUGCUUCUCUAGCUGCAAAAAUCAUCUAGAAAAUCUAGCUCUCUGGAAACCAACAUAUCAGUCUUCCACGCGAUCUGGCGCUUCCGGUUCAGAGAAGGCAGUUGAUAACCGGAAAUCUGAUCGGACGUUUCGCGGUGGUCAAUGUUCAGCAACUUUACCGCAUACUAAAGCAAUUUGGCGAGUUGAUCUGAAAGAUAUAUAUCGAUUAGAUCGCAUUGUGAUAUAUUUUAGGACAGAGAACAAGACAUGGGAUGAACACAACCCUCAUAGAGCUGUGCCCCUUGGGUUCUACCUCUACAUCUCUAACACAACCGAUAUAACGACCGCUGUCCGAUGUUAUCACGCUAAUUAUUACACAAUCUACGAUCUUCCGGAUGUUAUGCACAUUUUCUGCACAUUGUCCGGACGUUACAUCAUAUACUACAACGAACGGAAAGAAGGAUAUGUCUAUCCUGCAAACUAUUCCCAGUAUGCAUUUGCUGAUUUGUGUGAAGUGGAAGUCUAUGGCUGUCCUGCCCCUGUAGAAGAUGGACCAAGGUGUACUCGUCCCUGCCCAACUAACUGUGAACAGUGUUACCCACAUACUGGGGUCUGUCAAAAAUGCAAACAUGGCUACCAAGGGACUGAAUGUGAACCUGACAAAAUGGAAAAGACUGAGUAUGAUCAAGAUGUUGUGGGCCCUUUUCAUGGUCGCAUAUAUGCACGUACCAACUAUGGCUCUGUAACCCAAGCUAUCCGUAUUAAAGUACGAUAUAGGAAUUCGGUUACCAUAUCCAAUCUCAAACUUCCUCUGAAGACGUGUAGAAAUGUUACA